CUCUCCCUGGUAUCUCACCGCUGCGUCGGUGCAGACCUUCCCCGGGAGUUUCUGAGCAGAGAACCCAGGAUCCGGCGGGUGUUUGGGAUUGUGUGACCCCAUUCUCUCAUGUACCGGGAGCGGCUUCAGCCAUGGUAAUUUUGGAGUUAAUGGAGCCAGACGGACCUCCAGAGUCAGAGAGUUCAGAAAGAUCAAUAUUUUUCUCACAGCAAGAAGAAGAUGAUGAAGAAGAAGGUGAUGAUGAAGGAGAAGCAAAAGAACCAGAAGAAACAGGCACCCUUAAUCCUGUCUUACAACCUGCCCUCACAGGGGAUGUAGAAGGUUUGCAGAAGAUUUUUGAGGAUCCUGAGAACCCUCAUCAUGAACAGGCCAUGCAGCUACUCUUGGAAGAAGACAUCAUUGGGAGAAAUUUGUUGUAUGCAGCUUGCAUGGCUGGGCAAAGUGAUGUGAUUAGAGCUUUGGCAAAAUAUGGUGUGAAUCUGAACGAAAAAACCACCAGAGGUUACACACUCUUACACUGUGCUGCAGCCUGGGGUCGUUUGGAAACUUUGAAAGCACUUGUGGAAUUGGAUGUUGAUAUAGAAGCUCUGAACUUUCGGGAAGAAAGAGCUCGAGAUGUUGCUGCUCGGUAUACCCAGACUGAGUGUGUUGAAUUCCUGGACUGGGCAGAUGCAAGGCUGACUCUGAAAAAAUAUAUUGCAAAGGUUUCUGCAGCUGUUACAGACACAGAAAAGGGACCAGGGAAGCUCUUUAAGGAAGACAAGAAUACCAUCCUCAGUGCAUGCCGUAUAAAAAAUGAAUGGUUGGAAACCCAUUUGGAAGCUUCUGUCAGCGAGCUUGUGGAGCAGAAACAACAAUUGGAAGAUAUUGUGACUCCUAUCUUCACAAAAAUGGCAACACCGCGUCAAGUGAAAAGUGCCAAAUCUGUAGUCUAAGCCAUGGUCAGAAAAGAAGUCAAGAUCUUACCUUCUACUGAAUAUAUAUUUUGUAAAAGACCACACUUUCUUCUAAUAUUUAUAAAAGCAAACUUACUCAUGCCAACUGAAGUUAAGAAAAUACAUGUAGGGCUUUAUAAGAAUGUUUAGAUCAUAAAAGGUGAUGCAGUUUCCAGCUAGUUCAUUUGAGAUGCUCAGUCUUGGAAACCAGUCUGUGUGGAGAGACCCAUAUGGACAGAAACUGAGGCCCUAACCCACAGCCCUGUCUGAGCUUCAGCUAACAGUCACUGUUAGUGAGCCAUCUCGGGAGCAGAUCCUUCAAUCAAGCCACCACAGCCAAUGCAGUAUGGAGCCUCCUCUGUUGAGUCCUGCUAAAAUUGUAGAUGUCAGCUAAAUAAAUGAUUGUUGUUGU